AUGCCUACUUCGACGUACAUUACCCUGGUAAUAAUCUACACUCUGGAAGCCGUCCUUAUCGUCUUCGGAAACGCAUUCACGAUCUUUGUUUUCUGGACCGAGAGAUCCCGCCUAAAACGAACUUAUUUUCUUUUGAUUAACCUCGCAGUCGCUGAUAGAUGCUGAUUUACUUGUGGGGAUUACGGAACUUUUAAUCACUGGAACUGUUAAAUCUCAUAAUGUAGGGGAGAGUUACGGUUUUUUGAUGCGGAGCCGAGCAAACCCGAUAGCGGCUUUUAUACUUUUCUUUUCGGGUGCGUCCGUUUAUUUUCUUGCGCUUAUCUCCAUGGAACGUGCUUUCGCUGUCUUACGGCCAAUCCGUCAUCGCAUCACAAACAGUCGAGUUUAUAACUGUAGCAUCGUUAUCGUCUGGGCCGUCGGCCUUGUUGUUUUUGGUUUAACAGUUUUAUCUUUCCAUUAUUCAGAUUUAGUGGAGGAAUAUGUUUUCCUCCCUUUUAGGACAUGCCUUCUUAUUUCCUUUUUGAUAAUCUGUGUUAGUUACCUAAGCAUACGCACUCGAUUGCGAGCACCACCACCCGCGGAGUUAGACAAUCAUAGGCAUCGAUCAAGGGAGCACAAUUUACGAUUUUCAAAAACAGUUUUUAUAGCAAUUGCUUCAUCGCUUGUGUUUUGGAUGCCUGCUUUUGUUGUGUACUCAACGAGAGAAUUUUGUCAGCGAUGCUUUUUACACCACUGGUGUUUUGGCUUGUGGAUGCCUGUAUCUGGCAAAUUCUAUGGUGAAUCCUCUCGUGUACAGUUUCAGAAUGCAAAUUUUCAAAGACGCUUUACCCAAAUU